AGGAAGUUCCGUCAAAUAGUUGGCGGUAAAGAAAGAUGGAGCCCGAAGAGAGAAAAGUGGAAAACAAUGAGGAAAAAAGAGAUAAAAACGAUAAAAAUGAGGAAUUAAAAGAUAAAAACGGACAAACAGACGAAACAACAGAGUACAGAGUGAGAGUUUCAUCAAAGAAAACAGUCACAGAGCAGAUUAAUAAAUAUAAAGAGAUUUUAAAAACAGCUUUGAAUGGACAACAAAACAUCGACGAAAAGAAAAAGGGAGAGAUAAUCCAAGAUCUGCUGUCGGUGAGUACGACAUAUAACUUUAUUUGACUGUUUUGAAAGUGUUUAUAUAAGAGAGAGAGAUCAUUAAAGAUACACUUAGAGUUUGUAUGAAAUAAAACUUUAUUUGACUGUUUAAAAAGUGUUUGUAUUGAAGACAGAGAUCAUUACAGAUCUACCAAGAUUCUACCAAGUAUGAAAUAUUUAUGUUUUUACUGUUUUUAAAGUGUUUAAAGUACAUUAAAAAUUAAAGUAAAUUACUAACCUGUCAGAUACCAACAGAAGAACCUUUAGUGUAGUUUACUUCAGGUAAACAGAACUAAUAACCCAAAAUAUUCAUUUACAGAUCUCUUUGCAGUUCACUUUAUUAAAACUUUAAAUCCUCAUUGUAAAGGUAGGGAUGUGUUUCCUACUUGUCUUUAGGGGUAAUGGGUGUGCAUGUGUGGGUGUGUCUGUCUUUGAAUAUGUUUGCUUGGUACAGAGAGAGAGGAGGCAGGGUGCCGAUAUAUCUGUUGACCUCUUAAAGUUUUUUAUUUUUUCUACUAUUAUAUAGUCCAGUUCUGCAAGUACAUCUAUAUAAAAUGUAUGUUUGAAAGUAUAAUUUAUUGAAAGGAUAAAAUAAACAUCCUCAAGCUGCAGUAAAAGCUUUAUGUUUUCUUCUUGGAUUCAAAGUGUGAGACAAUGAAUUAUUGUUAUUAACACAAGUAAACAGAGUGUCACUUUAGUCGGCGCAUUGAGAUAACUUUUUUAAAUCUGAAAUGACUGUUCUGUCAUUUAUUACAUUUAACAUUGAAAGUCUCUGUGUCUCUGUGCAGGACUUUGAGGCGGCUGUGAAGGACAACCUGCUUGUAAAUGGAAAACAGUGGGAGGAGGCACCUGAUGAUGAGGGUGAUUUAAUCUUUUAAUUAGUUUGAAGAGAUUUGAUUCUUGCAAAUGUUUCACUUUAUCUUGACUUAGAAGAUGAGUUUUUUUAAAGUGAGCUCAAGGCGAUAGUCUAAUGUUUAUUUCCUGCCUUAGAAAGCGAGGCUUUGGACCUGGAGAGUCUGCUGGAUGACACCAUCGUUGAGACCACCAGGAGGCGCUCCACAUACCCAAGAAAGAUCCUGCCACACGUUCUGCACGCCCUGAAAGCUGAGCGGAAACUCCUGGUGGGUCUCAGCAGCCCUGAUGUGAUAUGCUGAUUUUGUUUGAAUGAUUUUAGUCCUGUGACAUGGUGUAUAACCUGAACAAAAGAAAGACAGAAAGAAUAAAAAAUCAGACUUAAUUCAUUCUUAAUUAUUUUAAAAACGAAGAGCCACAAAACCCUGAUGAUGGUAAAGUGGAAAAGAAGUGACUGUAAUUUAACCUCACCAGAGUCAGUAAAUAAAAAUGAACUUUCCUUUUCUGACUGAAUAAAAUUGAAUUAUCAAACUUUUAUAUAUUUUUAAAUACUAACCCGCUUCCAACUUUACAGAACAAGAAAUCCAUUCGAUCAAAAUCAUUUUAAAAACAAUAAGAUUUUAACAGAAGAAACAUCCUGCUGCAUCUGGAGCUGCUGUCUCUUUGUCAUGGGUUUAUUUUUGUCUUAUUUUGCUCAUUUUAUUUCAUUUUUCAGGGUCUGUACGAGCAGGCCGUCAAACCUCAGGAAGUGCUCAGAGAUCCUGAUGGAGGUAAUUAUCCAGACAUUGCAUUUCAGAGACCGCUUUGUCCUUCUGUUCUUGUGAAUGAAUCAGGAAUAUCUACUUCUCUCUGCAACUGAAAGUUGAAAGUUCAUUGUCUAUUUAUUGUUUAUUGAAAGUUUAUGUUUCCUGUUACGAGUUUCAGAGCUCUGUGAGGAUUGUAGGAAAUAAAUAAAGCUUCAGCUAAUUCAAGUUCACUCACAGAAUACUGCAAGUGGUAGAUCUGACGGUGCCAUUUGCAGGUUUAUCAAAUACAAAACAUGACUUAUUCAAACUAAUAAUUUGGUCCCUCACUCAUUUAACUUUAGUGAAACUGUUUAUGGAGUUUAAAUCUAGUAUUUAAUUUUCUGUUUUCACUCUGACUCCUGACAGCUUUGUGUCUGUGUUAAACUGGCUGUACCUCCUCCCUGCUGUUCAAACUUUACCUGGUUAUAGAUAAUCUGCAGUUUAAACAAAAGAAAAAUGAUAAUCAGAGACAUUCAAACAGAAAUCAUCAGUUUACUCUAAGUGAAAAGGUUUUCGUUUUCCCCCAGAGAGCAUCAUGAAGGAUCUGACAGCAGCAGCUCCCAGCGCAGUGAAACAGGCAGUCCAGGUUAUCAAGGUGAGAUCUUUCUCAGCGUUAUCAGCAAAAACACCUUCAUGUAGAUAAAACAACCCUGUUUUACUGACUGUUAAUCCUGGUUACUGACUGUUAAACCUGUUGUCUUUAGUCCAUCAGUACUCUGCAGAAACAGGCUGAAGGCCUUUGUCAAGUCCUCGACAUGAAAACAAGCCACGCCUCCAUGCAGAUCCACUCAGAGGUUUUCGCUUCAAACGGCAAAUCAGACACUGUCCUGUUUCCUAUGAAAGGAGUGACCGGGAGCAGGCAGCCAAUCAAGAGAGCUGUAGAGGACGCAGCAGUGGCAAACUGUUAUGUACCUCUCAGUAAGAAACCUUCAGCAGGGGAAAAGACGGAGUAAAUAAUGUCGCAUAAUCAGAAAACAAAGAAGUGACAUUGCUGAGUCGGGGAGUUUGAUUAGAAAAGCUGUUUCAUUGCAGACGUUCAUCAAACACAGUUCAGGUGAGACAUUGAGUCAGCUCCCAUAAACUAAACGCUUUUUUUCUUUUUUGUCCAACUGUACAGCCAACACACAAACAUUUUAAAUGAUGCUUUUUCCUUUCCUUUUUUAAUAGAAACUUAUUUAUAAAAAUGUGUUUUGAAAAGUUUCCUCAGAGAUCAAUAAAACUCUGUCUGAACAUGUUA